ACGGCGUUCAUCAUUUUUACUCUCUAUUGUUAAGCGUAUCAAGACUCAUCCACUCAAGAUGAUUUCAUUGAGGUCGUCCAUUAAGACCCCGCUUUUUACAACUCUUAGUAGUGGUUUAAAAUGGAGUAUACGACCAUAUUCGAGCACGUUCCCCGUGACACCAUUGAGUCGACGUAUAGCUAUACGAUCGCCACUACAUAGAACAGUGCUAGCUAGGUUCAAUAGUACUGGUACCGGAAGAACAGUUCCUGUUGUGAGAGACACUCCAGUUGCUACAGUUGAUCAUGGAGUAGUCGACGUUGACGGUGAAAGAGUUACUGCUCCCCCAAAUGCGGCAAAGCUGAGCAAUGUUCGUAAGGACUUUGGAAAGCUACUUCAAUUAGCCAAACCGGAAUUCAAGCUUAUAUUAGCUGCCUUGGCGUGUCUUAUUGUUACCUCUGCAGUUAGUAUGUCACUCCCAUUAUUCAUUGGUAAAAUUAUAGACACUGCAACACCUCCAGGCGAGACGAGUCCGAACUCGGAGGAUACGAAUGGUACAAUUUCAGAUACAAUUCUUGGGUUCCCAACUACUCAAUUUUAUGUUGGUUUGGGUAUAUUCUUCACCAUUGGUGCCAUUUCAAACUUUGGAAGAACGUAUUUGUUACGUUCGGUUGGGGAAAAAUUGGUGGCAAGACUUAGACUGCGUCUUUUUCUGAAAAUUUUACAACAAGAUUCCUAUUUCUUUGAUGUUGGACCUACUGGUCAUGGGAUGAAAACUGGGGAUUUAAUCUCCCGUAUUUCAAGUGAUACCCAGGUGAUUUCCAAGACUUUGAGUUCAAACAUAUCUGAUGGUUGUAGAUCCCUUGUCAGUGGAGCUGUUGGACUUGGAAUGAUGUGCUUUGUCCUGUGGAAGCUCACUCUUUGUAUGAGUAUGAUGUUCCCGCCACUCAUUGUGAUGUCUCUUUUUUAUGGACGUAGGAUCAAACAAUUGUCAAGAGUAAUUCAAGAAAAUUUGGGGACUUUAACCAAGACCACUGAAGAAAAAUUGAAUGGUCUCAAGACUAUUCAAAGUUUUGCCCAACAACAACCAGUGGUACAUGAAUAUAAUCUGGAUAUCAGAAACAUUUAUAAUACAUCUAUGCAAGAGGGGAAACUUAGUGGUAUUUAUUAUGGUGGAAAUGGUUUCUUAGGUAAUGUGACACUUAUUGGACUUUUGGUGAUUGGAACAAAGUUUAUUGCCAGUGGAGAUAUUACCAUUGGAGACUUGUCAAGUUUUAUGAUGUAUGCCAUAUAUACAGGGUCAUCUGUGUUUGGAUUGGGUAACUUCUAUACCGAAUUAAUGAAGGGAAUUGGUGCCCUGGAGCGUAUUUUUGAACUUAUUGAACUGAAACCUAAGAUUACCACAAGUUUAGGAAAUAAAGUUGAACUGUUGCAUGGAGAUAUUGUUUUCAAAGACAUUAAAUUCCAUUACCCUUCAAGAACAGAUAGUCCAAUUUUCAAAGACUUGAACGUCACCAUUAAGAAGGGAGAACAUGUUUGCUUUGUAGGUCCAUCUGGAAGUGGUAAGUCGACAAUUCUGCAGCUUUUAUUAAGAUUUUAUGAUCCAAUUUCUGGUAGUAUUACUACCAAUCUGCAUGAAAUUCUGAGCUUAAAUUUGAAUUAUUUCCGUUCUCAAAUUGGAUAUGUUCAACAAGAUUCUCUCCUUUUCAGUGGGACUAUUCGAGAAAAUAUUGUAUUUGGUAAGCCAAAUAGUACUGAAGAAGACAUUAUCAGAGCUGCAAAGUUAAGUAACGCAUAUGAUUUCAUUCAAACAUUCCCUGAUAAAUUUGAUACCGUUAUAGGUCCAUCAUCUAGUGGAGCACAGCUUAGUGGAGGUCAAAGACAAAGAAUCUCUUUGGCGCGUACUUUAAUUAAGAAUCCAGAUAUUCUUGUAUUAGAUGAAGCUACAUCUGCACUUGAUUCACAAUCUGAAGAAGUGGUAAUGAAGAAUCUUCUGCAAUUAGCAUAUGAAAGAAACACUACAAUGAUUCUGAUUGCUCAUCGUCUUUCUACCAUGAAGAACAGUGAAAAAAUUGUUGUUCUUAACAAUAGAGGAGAGAUUGUAGAAGAGGGUAAAUUUGAUGAGUUGUAUUCGAAUAAAGAUAGUAAACUUAAUCGGUUAUUAGAGAACAAUGAUUUUGAAUAGUGUAUAUAGAACUAGAAUAAAAACAAGCGGAUCCAAGGUAAUAGGAUCUUAGUAUGGGAG